AAAGCCAAUCUGGACACCCUGAAAUCCAUGAGGAAUCCAAGGGACCCGGCUCUGCUCCACCAGUGGGAGAAACUGCUGAGGGAGCUGAUGGAGGACUGCAAGUGCCCACUGCCCUGCAUGACUGAUCAGCCCAAAGCAACCGACCUGGACAAGAAGAGGUGGCAGCUCCGCAGCCUCCUUCUGCAGGAGCUGGCCCAGAAGGCCAAGGAAGCCCAGCCCAGGGACAUGGUGGCCACCGUGGAGGGCUGGCUGUACCGCCUCAAUGCCGUGCUCCCCGAGCCCCAGAUGAACCUCCCGGACGUGAUGAUCUGGCUGAUGUCCCGGGAUCAGCGAGUGGCCUAUGCCCAGGUGCCCGCCCACACCAUCCUGUUCUCCCCGACCGGGACCCGGCACUCCGGCAGGUUCUGUGGGAAGACACAGACCCUCUUCCUGCAGUACCCAGAGGGUGAAGGAAAGAAGGACGCGCUCCCGGCCCAGCUCCGGGUCUGCUUGUGGCUCGGCAACGUGACAGACAGCAAGGAUCUGCAGCUGCUCCGCCAGGGCGAAGUGGUCGUGUCCGCGGAGACGGUGAGCGGGUACGAGAACCAGGCCAAGUAUAAGGACCAGUGGGGACAGCAGUGGCUGCAGCACUGCCCCAGCUUCUCGGAUGUCAUGGGGCACAAGGCCCUCCCCAGGGAAGAUUUCAAGGAGCCCCAGGGAUGGCACUGGCAGGGGCCGUGGACAGCGGAGCCUCAGCGGAGGCUCCUCCUGGACACAGACAUCAACAAGAGCCAGGUGCUGGAGGAGGUGUACGAGAACGAGCACCGGGACGCCACAGGGGCCUGGGUGCCUGCCGCCAUCCCCAACACAGACGCGAACGGGGAACCCGUGGAGGCCCGGGAGAAUGUGAAGUGCCCCCAGGGCUGGCACGUGAAGAAGAAGUGGGCCGUGGAGCUGAGCCACGCGGUGGACGGUGAGGGCUGGGAGUACGGAGUGGGCAUCCCGCCCUCGGGGCUGCCCCAGGUCUGGAACUCGGUGGAGAAGACCUACUACUCCUGCCGCCGCCGGCGCUGGGCGCGUGUGCGCUACCGGGACCACGGGAGGCUGAGCCACGAGCAGGAGACCCUGUCCUUCCUGCAGCUGGUAAGGGGCCGCCUGGACACGGCGGGCUGGGAGUACGGCAUCUUCGGCUCCAAGUUCCACCUGAACCCUCAGCCCCAGAGCCGGUUCCGCCGCCGCCGCUGGCACCGCAGGCUGGCCCCCAACAAGGUCAAGGGCAUUGCACCCAUAUUCCUCCUGGAGGGAUCCUUGAGUCUAGAUAUGAAACAGCAAGCUAAGAGGGAAGGGGACACGGUAUCGUCGACACGGAGACUGGACGGAAUCAGGAGCUCCGGGAGGGCUCCCCCAGAGAUCACCCAGCCACCCAACCUGCCCUUCAUCUACUGCGUCUUCAACAAGCCCCACUACUACCAGCUCUUCUGCUACAUCUACCAGGCCCGGAACCUGAUGUCCAACCACAUCCAGACGUUCCAGGCACCCUUCGUUCGGUUGGUCUUCUUGAACCACAGCCAGUGUACCCAAACCCUGAAGAGCUCUGCGGCCCCUACGUGGGCCCAGACACUCAUCUUCCAGCACGUCCUUCUGUACGAGAACCCCCAGGACACCAAAGAGAGCCCGCCAUUUGUGGUGUUGGAACUGUGGCAGCGGGACCCCCAGGGCAACGAGAGCUUGUGGGGACGGAGCACGUGGUCACCGGUGGUCUGGCUGGAUGUCCAAAACCGGAUCCUGCCCCCCAUGAGGUGGCACCCCCUUGUAAAAGGGUUGGAGGAGGAAGAGGGCGAGAUCUUGGCGUCCUGUGAGCUGAUCCUCGAGACUGAGGUGCUGGGAGAGGGGCAGCUGCCGAUCUUAAGUGUUCCCUGGAAGAAUGGGAUCUACAUCCUCCCCAAGAGCAUCCAGCCCAAGCUAAGGAAAAUGGCUAUUGAGAUGCUGGUCUGGGGCCUUCGGAACAUGAAGCAGGUGCGCUCGCCCCGGCUCCUGGUGGAAUGCUGGGAAGAGUCCGUGCAGACAGAGCCCAUCAGGGACUUCCAGACCAAUCCCAACUUCACGCAGUCAGCCCUCUUCCUCACGCUGUACAUGCCUGCGGAUGAGGCCUUUGCGCUGCCCCUGGUGCUGAAGGUGGUAGACAACCAGGAUUUCGGCCAGGAGACCGUGGUGGGUCAGGCCAACGUCGACUCCCUAGAGCCCUACUACUGUGACCCCUGGGCUGAGGACUACACGCCCCCACGGCCUCCGAUGCUGUCUGUGAAGAAGUACCAGGAGCUCCUAGGUUACCUUUAUGAAAAGUUCUGGUUCAAGUCCAGCAAAGCUGAGGAUGAACACGACCAGGAAGUGGACUGGUGGAGCAAGCUGUUCUGGGCCACAGGAGACGCUCCCCAGGCCCUAAAGUACAAGUACAAAGAGUAUCACACCCUGAAGGUAUACGACUGCGAGCUGGAGGCCGUGCCAGCCUUCCAAGGCCUGCAAGACUUCUGCCAGACCUUCAAACUCUACCAAGAACGGCCCAAGCUGGACAGCCCUGUGGUAGGGGAGUUCAAGGGCCAAUUCCGUGUCUACCCCUUUCCUGAGAAUCCAGAAGCCCCCAAGCCCCCUCGCCAGUUCCUGCCUUGGCCUAAGAAAGAAGACUUCCCUCAGCAGUGCUUGGUGCGGGUGUACGUGGUGCAAGCAGUCAACCUGCAGCCCCAAGACACCAAUGGCCUGUGUGACCCUUAUGUGAUCCUGAAACUGGGAGAGACAAAGCUUGGCAACCGGGACAAGUACCAGCCCAACACUGUGGACCCCAUCUUUGGCGUGAUGUUUGAAAUGAGCUGCACCAUCCCCCUGGAGAAGGACCUAGAGAUCCAGCUGUAUGACUUUGACCUAUUUUCACCCGAUGAUAAGAUUGGGACCACCGUCAUCGACCUUGAAAACCGACUCCUGUCUGGCUUUGGAGCUCGCUGUGGGCUCUCCAAGUCCUACUGCCAGUCAGGGCCCUUUAGCUGGCGGGAUCAGAUGCCCCCAAGCCUGCUCUUGGAACACCAUGCCAAGCAGAAAGGACUGCCUCCGCCUGUGUUCAGCCCUGAGGAUGACUCCGUGUUUUACAAUGGGAAAAAAUUCAGACUGCAAAGCUUCGAGCUCAAGCCCCCUACUGCUCGCUUUUUGGGAUCUAAGAAAGAACGCCUUGCGCUGUACCUCCUGCACACCCAGGGACUGGUACCUGAGCACGUGGAGACCCGCACACUGUACAGCGACAGCCAGCCGGGCAUCGACCAGGGAAAGGUGCAAAUGUGGGUGGACAUCUUCCCCAAGAAGCUUGGGCCUCCUGGCCCCCCAUUCAACAUUAGGCCCAGAAAGCCUAGAAGGUAUGAGCUGCGCUGCAUUAUCUGGAAAACUGCCCACGUGGACCUGAAGGAAAACAGUUUAAGUACCGAGAAGAUGAGCGACAUCUAUGUCAAAGGGUGGUUAUUCGGGCUGGAGAAGGACGUGCAGAAGACAGAUGUCCACUACCACUCCCUGACGGGGGAGGGCAUCUUCAAUUGGCGGUUCAUCUUCACCUUGGACUACCUGGCAGCAGAGCAAGCGUGCGUCUUGAGUCAGAAGGACUACGUAUGGAGCCUGGACCCCACGGUGGUGAAGUUCCCAGCCCGGCUCAUCGUCCAGAUCUGGGACAAUAACAUCAUCUCUGCGGAUGCCUUCCUAGGGGUCCUGGAGCUGGAUUUGUCUGACAUGCCCCUCCCGGCCCGGCACGCCAAGCUAUGCUCCGUCAGGAUGAUGGAUGCUGACCCCAAGUGGCCUCACUUCCUCCAGUACAAGCACUGCUCCCUCUUUAAGAUGAAGACUGUAAGCGGCUGGUGGCCUUGCCAGGUCCUCGAUGGCGGCAAAUGGCGCUUGUCGGGUAAAGUGAAGAUGACCCUGGAGAUUCUGACAGAGAAGGAAGCCUUAAUCAAGGCAGCAGGAAGAGGCCAGUCAGAACCCAACCAAUACCCUACACUCCAUCCUCCCCUACGCACCCAUACCUUGUUCAUGUGGUUUCGGUCACCCAUUGCAAGGUUCAUCCAUGUUUUCUGGAAACGCUACCGCUUCAAAAUCAUAGCCAUCUCAAUCAUACUGCUUAUAGGGCUCCUGCUGUUCAACUUUAUCUAUUCAGCUCCGAACUAUUUGGCCAUGAGCUGGGUCAAGCCUGAACUUCGGCUGAAUGCUCCCAUUCAAAUAUACGCCAAAAUCAUCAAUUCACUAAACACCAGCAACGCCAACUCUUCCAACCUCACCACUCCCCAUCAGAACCUGGAAUCUACAACAGGCCAUCAGCUGAAACUCCUCCAGGGACACAUAAAUCACCUGUGAGCUAUUCUCCCAGAACUUCCAGCCCCACCAGACUAAUUCCCCCGUGUCUGCCAGGCUUUUCUCCUGCCCAUCCACAGCACUACCCUUGGGCUUCCUACCAGUUCCUUUUUUCCGGGGUCUAGGGAUAUCCUGACCAUUCUGUUCAGACCACUUCCAACAAGAAGGGCAGAGUUGUAAUUUUCCACUGAAAUAAACAACUUUUGUAACGGAGCCACCCUGUAAUUUGGCGGGGUUCACAACACCAUGAAAGGCUGAAAACGCCAGGCUCUCAGACAAGACUCACAAGGACGGGGAAUGAUGUCACCCUUACGCACCUCCUCGAGUCUCCAGGGACUCUUCCACUCUAAGCGGCCCUGACGUCACAGGAAAACAGAAGGCAAGGAAGGGCACCUGUGAGGAAAGGUGGCGCAUGCGGGGUAAGCAGC